AUGAAGCUGUACAGCCUCAGCGUCCUGUACAAAGGCUAUGCCAAGGCGGUGCUGCUCAAAGCCGCGUACGAUGUGUCCUCCUUCAGCUUCUUCCAGAGACCCAGCGUUCAGGAAUUCAUGGCCUCCACAAGUCAACUGAUUGUGGAGUGCUCCUUGAAAGGCAGCAAAGCUUCUACCAAAGAACAAGAAUAUCUGUGCCAUGUCUACAUGACAAACGACAGUCUGGUGGGAGUGGUCAUUGCUGACAGUGAAUACUCAUCCCGGGUGGUGUUUACCUUGCUGGAGAAGGUACUAGACGAAUUCUCCAAGCAGGUCGACAGGAUAGACUGGCCAGUUGGAUCCCCUGGUACCAGCCAGUACGCAGGCCUGGAUGGUCACCUCAGUAGAUACCAGAACCCCCGAGAAGGUCACCCCACGACUAAAGUGCAGGCUGAACUAGAUGAGACCAAAAUCAUCCUGCAGAACACCACGGAGUCUCUGUUAGAGCGAGGCGGGAAGCUAGAUGACCUGGUGUCCAAGUCCGAAGCGCUGGGAAUACAGUUUAAAGCCUUUUAUAAAACGGCCCGGAAGCAAAACUCAUGCUGUGCGAUCAUGUGACAGCAGCCGGCAGAGGCCCCUGCGCUGGAACGU